CUCAGCUCCCGGGAGCCCAGGAAGCCCCCUGCCCAGCGGGCUCAGAAGUGCCUGCUCCCGCUGCCCCGCGUCCGCUCCGUGGCGGAGCAAAGUUGUGGACGUGUCCCGAUAGCCGAGCCGGGGGCUGUCGCGACCGCAGGGUCGGCGCGCUCUCGCAGCGGCGCUGACACGCCAGCUCCGCCACCGCCUCGCACCCUGAGUCGGCCCCUUCUGGAAACUGCUUCUGCGGCUGAAACUUUGGGGCGAGGGGCUGCGAGCGGCUCCGCGCGGGGACGAGGCCUGCCGGCGCCCCUCCGCGCGGACUGCCUGGGCGCCGCGGACGGCAUGUGACGGCCCCGGCGGCGGCCGUUGCGCGGGAAGGCGCGGGCCCUGCGGGCUCUGGCCGCUGCGAGGAGGGGCUGCGCGGCGGCCGGAGAGAAGGCUGUGGUGCGCGGCCGACCCUUGCGGGCCCGGGCCCCGAGCCGUGCCGCCCGGCGCGCCCGGGCCCCGCCGAGAUUCGUUGCGCCUCCGCCUCGGCGCUGGGGCAUUCGCCCCAAACUCCCUGAACUUCAGGGGCAGCCCCCGAAGCGGCGAAACUCUCAGGGACCCCGCCGACCCCGGGCGGCGCCCCUCGACGACCUCCCCGCAACGAACCCCGGCUGGCCAGUGCCUGUAUUCGGAGGGCCUCGGGGGCCCGGCCGGAGCUGACCGGCCCCACCCCGGGGCCAGGCCACGAUGCUCAUGAGGAAAGUGCCGGUCUUCGUCCCGGCCUCCCCGUGGGGGCUGCGGCUGCCGCAGAAGUUCCUCUUCCUUCUCUUCCUCUCGGGCCUCAUCACCCUGUGCUUCGGGGCCCUCUUCCUGUUGCCCAACUCCUCUCGCCUCAAGCGCCUCUUCCUAGCCCCCCGGACCCAGCAGCCUGGCCUGGAGGUAGUGGCCGAUAUCGCCGGCCACCCUCUGGCCCGUGAGCGGGAGUCGCCUCCCAACCCGGCCCCCGCCGUGCCAGCCCCCGGUGAGGACGACGCCAGCAGCCAAGCCAGUACCCGCCGCCGGAAAGUGUGGCUGCGGCGCACCCACCCCACCGGGACUCGGGAAAUGGCCACGGCGGCCAGGAGCAGCGGCAGCACCGCCCUCAGACCCCAGGAGGGGGGCAUCCCGUUUAGCUUUGACUUCAACGCGUUCCGGAGCCGCCUCCAACACCCGGUCCUGGGGACCAGGGCAGAUGAGACUAAGGAGCCGCAGAGCCUAGUUCGAGCCCAGCGGGAGAAAAUCAAGGAGAUGAUGCAGUUCGCCUGGCGGAGCUACAGACUUUACGCCAUGGGCAAAAACGAGCUCCGACCACUCACAAAAGAUGGCUAUGAGGGCAACAUGUUUGGAGGCCUCAAUGGGGCAACCGUCAUUGACUCCCUUGACACCCUCUACCUCAUGGAGCUGCAGGAGGAGUUCCAGGAGGCCAAGGCCUGGGUAGAAGAGAACUUCCACCUAAAUGUGAGUGGAGAAGCAUCCCUGUUUGAGGUGAACAUCCGGUAUAUCGGAGGCCUCCUCUCCGCCUUCUACCUGACCGGAGAAGAGGUGUUCCGAGUGAAGGCCAUCAAGCUGGGAGAAAAGCUUCUGCCGGCCUUCAACACCCCCACGGGUAUCCCAAAAGGUGUUGUGAACUUCAAAAGUGGCUCCAAUAGGAGUUGGGGCUGGGCCAUGGCCGGGAGCAGCAGCAUCCUGGCUGAGUUCGGGUCUCUGCACCUGGAGUUCUUACACCUGACCGAGCUCUCUGGCAACCAGGUCUUCGCAGAAAAGGUCAGGAACAUCCGAAAGGUCCUCAGGAAGAUCAACAAGCCCUUCGGCCUCUACCCCAACUUCCUGAGCCCAGUGAGUGGGAACUGGAUGCAACACCACGUCUCGGUUGGAGGCCUCGGGGACAGUUUUUAUGAAUAUUUGAUCAAAUCCUGGUUGAUGUCAGCCAAGACAGAUGUGGAGGCUAAAGAUAUGUACUAUGAAGCCUUGGAGGCAAUAGAGACCUACUUGGUGAAUGUCUCUCCUGGGGGGCUGACCUACAUUGCUGAGUGGCGAGGGGGGAUUCUGGACCACAAGAUGGGGCACCUGGCCUGUUUCUCUGGGGGCAUGAUCGCCCUCGGCGCUGAGGAUGCCAAGGAAGAAAAGAGGGCCCACUACCGAGAGCUUGCAGCCCAGAUCACCAAGACGUGCCACGAAUCGUACGCCCGCUCAGAUACCAAACUGGGGCCCGAGGCCUUCUGGUUUAACUCGGGCAGGGAGGCCGUGGCCACGCAGCUGAGCGAGAGCUACUACAUCCUGCGGCCCGAGGUGGUGGAGAGCUACAUGUACCUGUGGCGACAGACCCACGACCCCAUCUACAGGGAGUGGGGCUGGGAGGUGGUGCUGGCCUUGGAGAAAUACUGUCGGACGGAAGCUGGUUUCUCCGGGAUCCAAGACGUGUACAGCAGUAUCCCAAACCACGACAACAAGCAGCAGACUUUCUUUCUAGCGGAGACACUAAAGUAUCUCUAUCUUCUGUUCUCUGAAGAUGACAUGCUCUCCCUGGAAGACUGGGUGUUCAACACAGAGGCCCACCCCCUCCCCGUGAAUCACUCGGACAGCUCCAGCAGGGCUGGGGGCCGACUCUGACCCGUCUCCCUGCCGCACCCGGGGCCCCGGAGGGCUGCCUUGCCUUUUCAGGAUUUGGGACUGUUCUCAAAGGGAUUGGGAACAUAGGCCCCAUUCCUGGCAGACCCAGGGCAGAUGUGUCGGACAAGAAACUUCUUUUCCUCUGUGAGGAGACAGGACUUGGAGACGCAGUGAUGUCCCCCCAGGCCCAGACUUUCCUUUCUACGGAGAAUUUCUAUGAAACCCACUCACUUGCCAUUGUAGGGCCCAGUGAAUGGAGGUUUGCAUAUUGUCCCCAUGCCUUUGAUUCACUUCCUCUCAUUUGGGGAAGGGUUUUUUUGUUUGUUUGUUUAUUUUGCUUGAUUUUGCCUUUUCUCUGCAGUUGUGUUUUAUCACAAAUUACAAAUACAGUUUCAGAAUCAUGGGCUUUCCAAAGCAGCAGCAUCUUGAGAAACUAAACCUUAAAGUGUUUGCACACAGACCUUGACCCCAUUUUCUAGAUCUUAAAUGCCUUCUGCCGAACAUUUACUAUACGUUCAACUACGUGGCAUUUACCUUAUAAUUUGAGGGGGCGUUCCCUUUUUAUUUGGGCCUCAGUGUUAACGAAUCACUAGUGCUAUUUUCAUUAUUGUAAUGGGAAAACCUGUAAACUUACAAUAAAAGAGUUUAUUGAAUAAGAAAUACAACUGGGUUCAUUGCACACCAGUGACUCCUGGGAAAACCACAGCAAUGUUAUCACCCAGAAAAAUAAUCAACCAGCAGUUGAUUUGACAUACAAUUUAGUCACGACUCCAACUUCUAAUGCCUUCCCUUAAAUUUGUCUUAAAAAUUCAGGAAGGUUGAAGCCAAUCCUUUAAAUGGAGUUGGAUGUUUAUACUUAAGGCUUGGAAGAGGCCCAGAGAGGGCCAGCAGCUUGCCUGAGGUCAUCAGCUGGUAGAGGCAGGGGGGAGCCCAGUCCCUACAGUGUGCUCAGGACCCCCGUUGUGUGUCCAUCAGUUCUCAUUCAGGAGACACGUGGUGAGUGCCCGUAGGAGACCAGAUACUGGGCUAGCUGCUAGGGACACAGCCGGGAGUGAAACAGUUGUAAACCCUGGCCUCAGGGAGCAUACAGCCAAGCAGGGGGAAGAUGGCCCAUAAAGUAGACGGACAGAUAAGCAACAUGACUGCGAGUCACGUGAACUGCUACAGAGGAGAUGUGGGGCCGAGGCAUCUGUGGCCAGGGAUCAUCUUAGGGCAGCAAGGAGAGCCUCUCGGAGCAGUUGACUUUCAAGCUGAGACCUGGAAGAUAAGAACGAGCAGCGGGAGGAGUAUCCCACAAACCCACUCUCCCCAGUGACAUUACCUGCUCCCCCCACCCACCCAGAAGCCCAACACCUUGAGGCCAUGUGCAGAACAAGGAGUUGAGGCAGGUUGUCUCACAGCUGACCACACAGGGGCAUUCUGAACCCUCCCCCACGCUCAGCUGCUUCAUUUUGGCCAUUAUAAACUUGAGUAGCCCCUGGGGUAUUGAAGCCCUAGGCCAAGUGACCUGGCUUUACGUCCACACAGUGGGACCCUGGAUAGGUCACCUCACCUCUCAGGCCAUUCUUCCAUCAAACAGAGGGAGGAACCUCCCACAUUCCAAGGUUGCUGUGAGAAUAAGUGGGAACCACUGGCGCCCUGGCCAUGUGGGAAGGCCUUCUUCCUUGUUCUGGAGACACAGAUGCUUCCAGAAUCUUCUUAAGCAGUCAGAAUUAUGAGGGAGCCAUCCCCGUGGCAGGAAACCUGGUGUUUGGUGAGUAAGUCCCUGCCUGAACGCAGGAAGUCACUUCACUUUUGACAGGCUCUGGAGACCUGCCUGUGUCCAUUAAAACAAAUAAACAAACAAAAAGACACACACAAAAAACAAAAGCAAAACAGAAAAACCCACUGUACAAGCAUUGUGGAAAAGGUGAGGAAUAUCUUUAUGCUAAGCAGAAAGAAAACCAUCCACCAUUCUACCCUCCAGAAUGAAUACUGUUAUAUUUUCUUCUAGAUCUUUUUCUAUGAAUGUACAGAAUAUAUUUUGCAACAUGGCACCUUACUGUGCAUACUGUUCUACUGUAAUCUGCUUUUGCUCUCAACUAUAUUUUGUGAAGACCUUUCCAGGUCAACAAAUACACCUUUAUCACUGUU